AUGUCCAGGAGCUAUGGCGCCUCUAGUGCCUCUCCCCCGGGCGGGUCCUCCUCCUCCACCACUACCCAGGCAGGACAUACAUGGCAUCUGCGCCGUCGCCGUCCUCUCGCCGGUCAGAUCGUCGCUCAUCUCGCCGUCGCCGUCCUCAGACCGUCCAAUUUGCUCCGGUCGUUCCGUCGGAUUCCGCUCUCGAUUCCGCAACUCCGGUCGCCGUCGCCCAUCUCCGUCGUUAUUCAAUCCGCUCGCGUACGCGUUCGUUCGCGGCCUUCUCUGGAACUUCCCCCCGCGAUUCCUCACGAGAUGGCAGGGCCAUCUGCAUACAGGAGCCUUGCUCCCAAGACAAAGAACCUGGUUGUUGCGGGUGGUCUGACAGCAUUUGUGUUUGGGGUGUAUUUCUACACAAUGAGAGCUGUUGGCGGUUCAGAUGAGCUCCAGACGGCAAUCGAUAAGUUUGAAGAGCAAAAGAGCAAGCAAGGAGCUUAGGCAGAGAAGUGGUCCGAUGCGCUCGAGACCAGACGCGACUUUGACGGUGGCCUAACUAUAGUUUUGGAUUUCCUGGACUCCACACGCAGCGUGCACACUUUUCUGUUUUUGUUAAUAUGUGCACACAUUGUUUGUCAAGUGCUGUGACAGUGCAUCAUCGAUGCCGAAUAACGCAUGCUCGUGUUAUGGGAUGAUCUUGUAGUCAAUUUUGUC